AUGUCCGGGGACUACGAGGAGGACGUUUGCCGCAGCGCUCUGCGCCUCGUGCACGAGCUCUGCUUCGCCCCCCGCGCCCGCCCCCCGCACGCGCGCUGCCUCGAGUUCACCGACCUGCUGCGCCACCGCGGCCACCCCCGGCCCGCCGACACAGAAGUGUCCGUCUCCCUCCUUUCCGUCAUCGUCACCUUCUGUGGCCUGGUCCUUCUGGGGGUCUCCCUCUUCGUCUCCUGGAAGCUCUGCUGGGUCCCCUGGCGUCACAAGGGGGGUCCCGGGGGGGUCCCCCAAAGGAAAGAACACCCCCAAAAUGUGGGGGGGGCACCUUUUGGGGACCCCCUCCCCGAAAGGGGGGACCCCGAGCCCCCCCCCGAGCGUUGUUACCUGGACAUGGGACCCUGCCCCGAAAUUGGGGGGGCGGGGCGAACCUUGGCCCCUCCUCCCCCAAUUUUAGGGGGGCAGGGUUCUCCCCUCCCCCUCCCGGCUGGGGGAGCCCCCCAAGGUCCCCCCGAAUUUGGGGGGGACGGUGGGGGAGGGGGGGGGACCCUGCCAGGUGUCCCCUCGCAUCAGCUCGGGGGGGGGAUGGGUGGCAGCUCUGCCCUUCCCCCCGUCCCGGAAGAACCGCCUCCGUCUCACCUGGGCCAAAUCCAACCUGAGCUCUACGACUCCUCCGCGGCCCAGCCGGGCACCUGCCUGUCCGCUGCUCACCUGGCUGACUCCGGCAGCCCCGGGGCCGGGCCGAGCUCUCCGUGCGGCCGCCUGAGCGUGUCCCUGCGCUACUGCUACGGCUCGCAGCAGCUCCAGGUGCGCGUCCUGCGCGCCCGCGACCUCCCGGCCAAAGACUCCAACGGCUUCUCCGACCCCUACGUCAAGAUCUACCUGUUGCCCGACCGCAAGAAGAAAUUCCAGACCAAGGUGUUGAGGAGGACGCUGAACCCCGAGUGGGACGAGACGUUCAGUUUCGGGGUCCCCUUCGGGGAGCUCCCGGCGCGUCGCUUGCACUUCAGCGUCUACGACUUCGAUCGCUUCUCGCGGCACGAUUUGAUCGGGCAGGUGGUGCUGGAGAACCUGCUGGAGGUGGCCGAGGCGAGGCCGGAGGUGCCGAUUUGGAGGGACAUUCAGGAGGGGUCGGGGGAGAAGGCCGACCUGGGCGAGGUGAAUUUCUCUCUCUGUUACCUGCCCACGGCCGGGCGCCUCACGGUCACCGUCAUCCGCGCCUCCAACCUGCGCGCCAUGGACCUCACCGGCUACUCAGACCCGUACGUCAAGGCCUCGCUCAUGGCCGAGGGACGGCGCCUCAAGAAGCGCAAGACGUCCAUCAAGAAGAACACGCUCAACCCCAGCUACAACGAGGCGCUCGUCUUCGACGUCCCCCACGAGAGCGUGAACCACGUCAGCCUCACCAUCGCCGUCGUCGACUACGACUGCAUCGGGCACAACGAGGUGAUCGGGCUGUGCCGCGUGGGCAGCGACGCCGACGGCCCCGGCCGCGAGCACUGGGCGCAGAUGUUGGCAAAUCCCCGAAAACCCAUCGAGCACUGGCACACCUUGGUGGAGGAGAAGGCUCUGACCAAGGCGGCGCCGCGGGACAAACCCGCCCUGGGGGAGCCCCUGGGCCCCCACUGA